AUCACCUCACCACCGGCUCUUCCCACCAGCACCCCGACCCCUUCCUUCCCUUUACCCUCACCCUCACCCUCAACGUCAUCUCGCAUCGAUGCGAGUACGGCUACAGCCACGCGAAAAUCACCAUUCAAGGUACCCCAUUACCACGACCGUCUAGAGCCAAUGCAUGGCCUCAUCACCCACAUCUGA